AUGGGAGAUCGCAGAGCCUUCAGAACCCUGAUGUACCACGGGGAAGAAGCACUCCACUUGCUUCGCAACGUUCAACCCCAAAAUGAUAUCGAACCCCAGGUGUUUGAAGAAUUCCUCAAGCUCCUCCAGGAGAUUAAACUUGCUGCUACUCAAGCUGCUGCAGGUUUUUGUAACGGUGAUGACCUACUUGAGAACCAAGGGGGUGUUGGUGAACGCAGUCAGAAAAAUGUUGAUCAACCUUUUCUAAGAGCCUCUGCGGCUCCACAGGAACCCUUGGUUCAAGAAGUCCCGGCUCGUAAAGUCUAUGGAGCUUAUGUGCAGCAACCCUUCCUGAAGGGAUGGCUCGAAAAUCCUAGGCCUGCCCCGGCACCUCCUGGUCUUCAGAGGGGUCCUAUCAUUAGAUCCAAUUCUCCUUCUUUGCAAUUGGUGAUUGAUCCUACCCACUGCGGAGAGCCUGCCCCGGCGCCUCCAGGUCUUCAGAGGGAUCCUAUCAUUAGAACCCGCUCCACUUCCAUGGUGAUUGAUCCUCCUCGCUGGAGACAGCCGGCCCCGCAGCGCGAGAUCGCUGUUGGUGAGAACGGGGCUCUGGCUGGCCUUGGUCAAAACCAGCCGAGAGUAGCCUUCGGAGUGCUCCGGGCAGAGGGACGUUUCCCGGCUGCCCUAGGCCUCCUUCCACGCUACCAACAUUCGGCCGCGCCGCCUGAACUAUCUUCAUUUGCAGCGGGCGAUAGCUUCGCGACCCGCAGUGGCGAGGGCUUUAGGCGCAGGUGGGAUAUCGACGAGGAUCCAUAUUGGGAGUACGCCAAUGAGGACGAGGCAGAAAGCGCCAACAGGGCUGGGGGUGCUGUUGAUGCGGCCGAUGACGCUGAAGAAAGCACUGGUAGUGAGGAGGAGAAGGAGGAGGGGAAGGUUGGUUGGAACACUAGGCCGCGUGUUUGCGCCGGGCCCUGCCGUUACUUUUAG